UGCCCUAAGUUGAAUCUCCAUGACGGCGCAGCUCUUGUCCUCCUCCAGCCCACCAGUCCAGUCUUGCGAUAUCCCCCACCUUCGACUCUCUUCGAGUUUACCUUGUCUUCUCAAGCUCAUCGCCACCACGUGAGUUCACGGUGAAGCUUCCACUUACAGUCAUAGAGCUCCAAUCUGCGCGGCUCGACUGAGAGCUUGAGACACUGAACUGAGGCUUCUAUUCGUCGCUGUCGAGUGUGACCACGCCUCCACGGUGUCGCCAAGGAAAGUUUCUUCCCCUUGCCCGAACCGUUAUAAUUUUACGAUAAGUUAGUAAUGAAAACGAAGCCAUUAAGCUUUCGACCCAAAUUGUAGUGGAUCCUCUCGUAUGUGAAAUCUGAAACUAUGAGCCCAUUUUGGUUUUGUUAGAAAUUCCCUCGAUACGUGGUUGUCCUUGCUGACCACUGUUGUUUGAAGGCACAGUGGCGGUUGUGAGGCCAGGCUGCUCUUCCGCAUCAGGUAUGUUUAACAAAUCCCGCAACAUUUUCGUUCACAAUCUAGAUGCUCUUUUUGCUGAUCGCAAGUUCAAUCUUCGCGUGAAAAAAUCUAUAAGUAGCCUCAAAGUAGUAUGGAGGAAAGACCCUGAACUGGACCUAGCGAUAGAGAAGGACAAGCGAUAUAAGCUCUGCGCUCGUGUUGUUAAGGAGGUUCUUAAUGAACCAGGUCAAGUAAUCCCAUUGCGAUAUCUUGAGAAACGACGUGAGAGGAUGCGUCUUAAUGUUAAAAUUACAACCUUUUUAAACCAAAACCCUGGCCUGUUUGAUGUCUACUAUGAUCGUAUCAAACCAAAAUCGGAUCGCGUUCCCUUUCUAAGGGUUAGCGAUCGGCUUAGAAAUUUUCUGUAUGAAGAAAAAAGGGUUUAUAGAGAAAACGAGCCCUUGGUCGUGUCGAAGUUGUGUAAAUUGUUAAUGAUGUCGAAGAACAAGGUGAUUAGUGCAGAUAAAUUGCUUCACGUGAAGAGGGAAUUUGGGUUCCCGAAUGAUUUUUUAGUUAAUUUGAUUCCUCAGUAUCCGCAGUAUUUUAGGCUAAUUGGGUGUCCUGGGGAGGAAAAAUCAUUUAUUGAAUUGGUUUCAUGGAACCCCGAAUUUGCAAAAUCUGUUAUUGAGCAAAGGGCUGAAGAGGAGACGAAAUUGACGGGGAUUAGGGUUCGGCCAAAUUUCAAUGUGAAGCUUCCUCCAGGUUUUUUCUUAAGGAAAGAGAUGAGAGAGUGGACUAGAGAUUGGAUGGAGCUUGAUUACAUAUCGCCAUAUGAGGACGUGUCCCAUUUGGAUCAAGCAUCACGAGAAAUGGAGAAGAGGACGGUUGGGGUAUUCCACGAGUUGCUUUCUCUUUCAUUGUAUAAAAGGAUUCCAGUGCCAAUACUGGGAAAGUUUUGUGACGAAUAUAGGUUUUCAAAUGCAUUUUCGAGUGCAUUUACAAGGCACUCGGGGAUUUUCUAUGUUUCCUUAAAAGGAGGGAUUAAAACAACAAUGUUGAGAGAAGCUUACAAAAAUGGUGAGUUGAUUGAUCGAGAUCCACUGCUUGAGAUCAAAGCUAAAUUUGCUGAGUUGUUGCAAGACGGUUGGCAGCAAAGAGCAGAGGACUUGCGUUUGCGAGGAGAACAAAUUAAGAAAGACAUGAAAAUUUUAGCUGCGAAAGCGAGUGAAUGAAUUAAGAAUGACAUGGAAAUUUCAGCUGUGAAAGAUAGUGAAUAUAAAAAGGGCGUUAUUGAAGUAUGAAAGGCUUAUAGCGGCAGAUGGCCUUGGUAACCGUAAUAAGAACGGCAGGUAAAUUGAGAUUAAGCCUUAUAUAUUAUUAUAUAUGUCGAGAUUGUAGUUAAUACCCUGUUAUAAAUGUUUUUUUUUUAAUAAAGAAAGCUGUAAGUUUGCUGUAGAGUAAUUUUAUUUAGUGAUUCACAUUUUUCUUGGUCUAUGUUGUUGAGGUCAAUUUCAUCAUGUUUGUAGAGCAAUAAAACUUUGAAAGAUUGCGGUUUGAAUCAUAUGCACUUUCACUCGCAGUGUUGCUGACUUGAUUUGGAAACGACAAAUUGAAUUUCCAAUUUGAGAACUUGAGUCGAAGUCUAACUUCAUCUUGUGAUGUGGUAGGAUUAAAGCGCAAUGAAACUCUUUGGGAGACGUGUAAGAAGUAUUGUCUAUGCUAAUGAUGAAUAUCUGGUGUCUGAAUACUCUCUGAUGCGCUGAAGUCUGAUUACUCCGAGUCUGAGUGGAAAACUUUUCUGCUACCGCGCCUCGGCCUCAGAGCAGCGAUGCAGCAAUUGUUUACCUGGCAAUGAACUAAAGUUCGAUGGGAGGUCAUGCAAGUUUCAUGAAGAGGGUUGUCGCAGCCAAAUGAUUCAAUGGAAAACAAUUUCCUACUAAAUCAUGUCCUCAUGGGAUCUUCUGUUUAUUUGCGGUUUAUAUCUCAACCAUCCUUUCCCUCACACUCUUCCCUGAUGUUGGAGUUGUUCUUUAAAUUUUAAAAUGAGUCUGGAAGCAGGUUGGUGGUGCGAUACUGAUUAAGGUAACUUUGCAUGCCACCUACAAAGUCGUCACACACAAUGGAUGAAGAAUAUAAACGAGUAAGCCAUAACCAUUCUCUUGGCAAUAAACAACCCGAUGGGAUCGAGAAGCAUAACGGUAUGCAAGUAUUUAAGCAGGAUUACGGGGUCGUAGGGGCAUUGAAAAUUUUUUCCAGUUUCUGAAACAUUAGCCCAAGAGAGAGAGAAAAUCAAGCAUGGAGAAAGUGGUGGCUUUUAGGUUAAUAACAAUGACUGUGACAUUUCUGGCAUUAGUGCCGAUGCGGGAGAGCCACGUUGUGACAUCGCCUGAACCUCGCCCACUCUGUGCAACCCAGUUUUCCCUAGUAAACUAUGCUUGCUCAUCACUGCUAUUCGUGCGAAGGCCCCCAAGUUUACCUGCACACCCCGAUGACCAAGAACAUGGCCAUGCCCAUCACCACGGGCACCAUCACCGGCACCUGCAGCCCAGUCCUCAAGAAGAAAACUGCUGCCGGUGGGCUAAGAAUGUAGACGGUCAAUGUGUGUGUGAACUUCUGCUUCACUUUCGCUUGCCCACUUUUCUUACGAGGCCAUCGCAUCAGUACUCGCUCACCAUUGGAGAAUCCUGCGAGGUCACUUACUCGUGCGGUGGCCCCAUUUGAUUCGCGAGUUUGAACCGUACGACUAGCCGGAAAAUGAUUUAACGCGGUAGCGUUCCGUUUUAGGUGUUUUGAAGCUUUGCUCAUCUGUCGUCUUUAGUCUUUUUUGCCUUUUGUUGUUAUUCACAUUUGGCUGGUGUGUACUUCCUUUCUCA